GUAACAUGUCUAUUGCACUGAGCCUUUGUGUCUAUUUUACUGAACAUUUUUAUUUGCCGUUGCAAUGGCCGACGAUGAGGUUCAGGAGCUGCGCCGGCUUUUAGAGUAUGAGCAAAAUCGUCGACUGGCGGCAGAGCAAGGUCAACGGGAGGCAGAGCAAGCUCAAUGGGAGGCAGAGCAAGCUCAACGUGCGGCAGAGCAAGCUCAACGUGCGGCAGAGCAAGUUCAACGUGCGGCAGAGGAAAAGACGCGGCGCUCAACGCUCCCCGAAUAUCUUGAUGCCUGCCACACCCAUCUCUUCCUCGGCCUUGUCCCAGGGCAGCCUAAACGUUCCACUAAAGGCAGUGCCAACAACGCUGAUGGCAAACUCCGCCCUGACCGCAUCCGGGAGUGGGUCCCAUUCGCCGAAGCACAGACGGCAAUCUGGGACCAACUGGUUGGUGACGAUCUUGUCACCCAGCGUCAUUUCAGCUCCUUGCAUGGAUUGAUGACUAUAGGAGAGAACAUGCGAAAAACGAUUCGUUCGGAGCCCGACCUUCGCCAUUUCCAACGGGAUGCCGUUACAGCACCUGUAGGGUCGGUUAUUGAAGCCCUCUAUAAGAAUGAGCGACUCCGACAGGCGUUCAAUCUUCAGGGACAUGUAGCCUUUGAGAACCACGCCAAUACCCUUAGUGAUGGCGAAGGGGAGGGGGAGGGGGAGGAAGUUGUUGCUCGCCCAUCAAAGCUCCGGAAAGGAACUGGAGGGGCUGCGACGCCAAACACCCCUCCGACCUCUGCCCGACCUCUGGCGGAUGAGUUUUGCGUAUACAACGAGGGCGAGAAGGUCAAAAGGCCAGCAUUAAUUGGUGAACUCAAACCGCCACACAAACUCCCACUGGCGGUUAUUCAAGCUGGGCUUCAGGACAUGGAUCUUGACGACAUAGUCGAGUGUCAUUCUAAUGACACAAGUGAAAUUCAAUAUUGUCGUCUGGUAGCUGCAGUCAUUACGCAAGCCUUUUCCUACAUGAUCAAGGCCGGUGUCGAGUAUGGCUAUGUGAGUACCGGUGAAGCAUUUAUCUUCCUCCAUUCCAAUGCGGAAGACCCAGGGACUGUUUACUAUUAUCUUUCGGUCCCUGAGCAAGAUGUGGGCGAGAUUACUGGUUUUACCGGAGAGCUUGACAGUGACAACAGACUGCAUAUGACAGCAGUUGGACAGGUCCUUGCUUUUGCACUGCAGGCAAUACAGACUUCCCCACAUAAUCAAAACUGGCGAACUUGGGCGGAGAAGCAGUUGAAAGUGUGGGUGAUUUCAGAAGAAGAUUCACAAACACCAACUCCAGCAAAAGCUGUGAAAUCAUCCCCACCCUAUGAGCCCCUAAAGAGUGCGCAGAUGUUUAUCCAGAGGACACCUGUGCGCACCCGAUCGAAGAGCGCUCGACUGACCUGCAAAGCAACUACUGCAUUGCCAGGCAGUAGCGACAAAGAUGACGAUGACAGUGGACCUGAUUCCGAUUCACCCAGUCAACGACCUCACUGGCCCUCAAACGUCAUGGUUGUGCCACCUCCUCCACCUGACUGGGCAUCACCCUACAAGGGCCCCGUGUGCAAGGAUGGAACUCGGCGAUACUGCACGCAAAAAUGCUUGCUUGGACUCGUGAAUGGUGGGCUGCUGGACCGUGGCUGCCCAAAUGUUGAGGAACAUGGAACAGACAAUCAUAGGAUUGACCACGCCACGUUCAUCGCCCUUCUCGAGGCACAGAUUCAACAGGAACCAGUAAACCCCUGGACCCCGCUAGGCUGUGAAUCGCUGCACACACACGGUGCUCGUGGCGCACUGUUUGAAGUUGACCUUCUCCAAUAUGGAUAUACAUUUGUGGGAAAGGGCUUCCCCCGGGAAUUUCAUCGCUACCUCAGACAUGAAAAGGCAGUCUAUGACCAACUGCAGCCAAUACAGGGCGUACAUGUCCCUGUGUGUCUCGGCACAAUUGAUGUCUCUAAACAGCCCAUGUGCUAUGAUGGUAUUGCGUACAUUCCGCACUUUUUACUUCUUGCCCAUGCAGGCACUGAUACCUUUGAUUGUGGUGCUCUAAAGGAGCAAGUUAUUUCUGCGGCAUUGAAGUCAUUGCGGGCCAUUCACGCCCUGGGUGUGCUCCACCGUGAUAUAGAACUGAGAAAUAUGUUCUGGACUGAGGAGAGCAAGAGCAUCCUGGUCAUUGAUUUUGAAAGGGCGGGGAUUCUGCGUUGUGAACGAGCGCCGCUGGGAGACACAUCCCCAAACCAGAGGAGAAAGAGGAGAAUAAGGAGAAAUGAUGGUCCUGGUGAAGAAACAAAGAAGAAGGUAGAUGUGAGACAGGACAGGAUUAACAAGGCACUUGAGUCCGAGUUGAGGUGGAUGGUGAGGAACUUAGAGACAAGUCUCAAGUCUUGAUAUAGUGUAUGGAUUGAUUGUAAUGUAAGCGUACAUUAUGGGCUUUAUUAGUGUGAUCGCCAUUAUAUGCCUAGGUGUUCAUUAGAGCACUCCCUACACUAC